CGGAGCUGUUGUUAUUAUAGAACCUUUUAUUCGUUAUGUCGUAAACAUCUGGGCCAAGAGUUUUCCCAUAGGUCCUAGAAGUUGUUUCCCUAGAGAUGUCUUCUGCAGUGGCCAUGGAGGCCACCCGGAGGCGCCAGAGGCUCAGCUCUAACGGGGGGGCGUCUGAGACGACAGAGGAACCUGCAGGGCAGUGGGGAAGAGCAUGGGAGGUGGACUGGUUCUCUCUGAGCGCUGUGAUCCUGCUGCUGUGCACAGCUCCCUUCCUGGUAUUCUUCUUCGUCAUGGUGUGUGACCAGUACCAGUGCUCGGUCAGCCAGCCCCUGGUGGAGCUCUACAGUGGAGAGGCCACCCUGCGCUCCAUCUGGGACAAGGCCCCCUCCUUCACCUGGACCGCUGCUCAGAUCUAUACCGUCUGGGUCUCCUUCCAGGUGGUGCUCUACAUGUGUGUUCCUGAUGUCACUCAUAAGUUCCUGCCUGGCUAUGCAGGUGGGGUUCAGGACGGAGCUCGCACCCCAGCAGGCCUCAUAAACAAGUAUGAGAUCAACGGUUUACAGUCGUGGCUGAUCACCCAUGCCCUGUGGUAUGCCAACGCUCAAUACUUCCACUGGUUUUCCCCCACCAUAAUCUUCGACAACUGGAUCCCACUGCUGUGGUGCACCAACAUACUGGGCUAUGCUGUGUCCACCUUUGCCUUUGUCAAGGCCUACCUCUUCCCCACCAAUGCAGAGGACUGCAAAUUCACAGGCAACGUCUUUUAUAACUACAUGAUGGGCAUUGAGUUCAAUCCCCGCAUCGGCAAAUGGUUCGACUUCAAGCUCUUCUUCAACGGGAGACCUGGUAUUGUUGCCUGGACUCUAAUCAACCUCUCCUAUGCAGCCAAACAGCAGGAGCUCUAUGGCUAUGUGACCAACUCUAUGAUCCUGGUUAACGUGCUGCAGGCAAUCUAUGUUCUCGACUUCUUCUGGAAUGAGGCAUGGUACCUGAAGACGAUUGACAUCUGCCAUGACCACUUUGGCUGGUACCUGGGCUGGGGAGACUGUGUGUGGCUGCCCUUCCUCUAUACGCUGCAGGGCCUGUACCUGGUGUAUAACCCAGUCCAGCUUUCCACAGCCCAUGCUGCUGCUGUCCUCCUGUUGGGUCUGGUGGGUUACUACGUCUUCCGCUCUACCAACCACCAGAAGGACCUGUUCCGCCGUACCGAGGGGAAGUGCUCCAUCUGGGGCAAGAAGCCCACCUUCAUUGAGUGUGCCUACCGCUCGGGUGACGGCGGCCUGCACCACAGCAAGCUCAUGACCUCCGGCUUCUGGGGCGUGGCACGCCACCUCAACUACACGGGCGACCUGAUGGGCUCGCUGGCCUACUGUGCAGCCUGCGGCUUCGGUCACAUUCAUCCCUACUUCUACAUCGUCUACAUGACCAUCCUGCUGGUGCACCGCUGUGUGAGAGACGAGCAUCGCUGCAGCAGCAAGUACGGCAAAGACUGGAAGCGCUACACGGAUGCAGUUCCCUAUCGACUGCUGCCUGGGAUCUUCUAGAGUCGAGACAGAGGUUGAAGGAAUCCCUGCAUCCUGAAAGAAGUUUAACAGAAGAAGGAGAUGUGUGUUAAAUGGACUGUUCACAUUCCAUGGGAAAGAUGUUGAUGACAUUUUGAG